AAAAGGCAGAGAAAAGGAGGACGAAGGCAGAGACCAAUAGAAAACAAGAGAGCAUGAAGCUGCCGGCACAGAGUAGGUUUUACUAGUUUCGCUUUUGGGAGUGAAACAGAUAAAUAUAGAAACAAAGGACAAAACAAGAAGGUCAAGGAAGCAAGGAAAAGGAAGGCAAAGUUUGACUUCAAUAUGCUCUGCAUUGAAGAUUCUCCGUGAUUUUUUGUGAUGUGAGAUGUGUUUUCUUUUUCUUUUUUUGGUGUGUGUGUCAACUGAUACAAAACAAGGACCUGGACCUGCAGCUACCCAUGACAGCAGAUCUGGGGUCCAGUCAUUUUGACCUCAACUUGCUAAUGCGUUACUUUCAGUAAAGAUAUAGAUCAAUUAACUAAGACUCACAAAAGAAACAUCUGAUUCACUUGGCAAAUAACACCCUUAGUUGUGUUAGCAUCAGCACCACUUGCGACCAAGCAUCUUCAGCUCAAGCUUAACAGCUCGUAACUUGCCUUGAGGACCUCUCCAAAGGACUGAUCAGUAGCUGUCUCACAGAAGAUGACAUUUGCCAUGCUGCGCACGGCGCCUCCUGCAGGCCGCUUCUUGUAUGGUGACAUUGCUCUCCUUUCUGAAGAUGAUGAUGAGAACGGCAGUGAGGGGUCAGGCUCUGAGGAGCGAACUACCAAUUCCUCCAACUCUGCUGCCUUCCGCCUGUCUUCAUCGUCCCCAUCUGCCUUUCAUAUCAAGAUGAACAGGAAGAGGAAGAUGUGUGGGGGCGGAGGGGUUGGAGGGGUAGGGAGCAUGGCGGGUAGACUUGCCCCCUCCCCAGGCUCAUCAGGCCAUGGGGAAGUUCGUCAAAGGACUGCAGCCAACGCACGGGAGAGAGAUCGUACCAAUUCUGUCAACACAGCAUUCACAGCCCUGCGCACACUCAUCCCCACCGAGCCUGCAGACAGGAAGUUGUCAAAGAUCGAGACGCUACGUUUGGCCAGCAGCUACAUAAGCCAUCUGGGGAACGUGUUGCUUCUGGGUGAGGGGCUUCAUGAUGGACAGCCUUGCCACGCUCCCUCACCACCAUUCUUUCACGUCAGCUCCUCCCCCAACCGAGGAUCUGACCAAUCAUCUCAGCCCAAGCACAUCUGUACCUUCUGCCUCAGCAACCAGAGAAAAAUGAACAAAGACAGAGACAGGAAGACAACUAUUCGAAGCUAACAACGAGGACACAAACCACACGGAGAAAAUGCUCAUCACUCUGACAGCGCAUUCUGUGAUUCUACAGUCACUGCAGCUUGGAGACUAACUGGACUUGUGAUGCAUUUUAAAGACUUUUAAAGGACUUCUGUGGCACUUCCAGGACUUUUCAAAGAACUUUUUUUUAUUAUUGCUUUUUGUAUUGCUUUACAAGAAACUUUUAAAAUGUUUUACAGUCAUAAGAAACUCAUCAGUACCUUCAAAGUUCUUUCACAUGCUUAUCAAGAUCAUCAAGAAACUUUCAACCAUUGUCAUGAGAGACUUUUUACUGUGUUGCUCAGUGACUCUUUGGUCUGAGUCCUGUACGAAUUUAUGACACAUGGUUGUAAAACACAAAGCCCAGAAAUUUGCAUUCAGCAAAAACUGUUAUUAUUGUGUAAACUGAAAUAUAAAUGUAUAUUUAUAUAACAUAACAUUAUAUAAUGAAACUAUGUUAUUUAACAGACAUAUGACAACUAAUGUGCAUAAUUUUAAGGUACAAACAUUGGCUAUUGACAUGGUUUUUAGCAUCACAAGGGAUACGCUGGAAAUUUGGUGGUUUGGGGUAUUUUUUAAUAAUCAUUUCUAAAAGUGGAAAAUGACUCAAGCUGACCAAUAAAGUGUUUGUUAAUCUGGGAGU